AUCCCGCUGGCUGUUGUUGAUGCCCGAAGUUGCUGUUGUUUGGACACUGUGUUGCUCUUAUCUGCUCCUGACAUUGAAGACACAUUAAACCCGAGUAAGGGACACAGUGGACAUUUACCGGCCGAGGAGCUUCCGAGUUACAAGCGAAGCGUCUCUCAGAGAGGACUUUGAAUUUGUGCACUAGCGGCAGAAGAGCUAACAGCUCCAAAGCUUGAACCUUCGCUGAAAGGAAGAAAGAAAAACAGCAAAGACAGCCGACGGCUUGGCGUGCUUUCUUUGUUUAUGUCGUGCCAGUCUGAACCGCAGUAUUCAUUUUCUUUGUCUUGAAUUUAGAAUUUUUUUCUGCACAUACGUUAUUUAUAUUUAUACUUUAUUACCAUAGCGCAGAGGGCACCUAGCUCGUCAGCUAACGUUAGCCCAUAGCGCAAAGAAACAGUCUUGUUGUCAAGCUUUGAUGCUUUCGUAACCGCCCGGCAGUGACACAUAGCUAACAGUCGCAACUGUCCGUUUUGGAGACAUUAUUUUGGUGCCUCUAAUUUUUUUUUUUAGGUGUUUGUCACUGGACCAGGUUUUGUGUUGGUUCGUUGGAGACACACGACAGCACUGUAACCGAACAAGUGGAUGUUAAUUUGAAGCCUGAAGGAGACGUGUGUUGCUGUUAGACACGUCUGACUUAUUGCUUGUUUAUCCUUGAGUUUGAAUCGAGUCAUUUUUUUUUUAUCUAUAUCGAUUUUAAACCACACAAACGAGUAAUAGAUUAACAGACAGCUGGCCUUGUGCGUUUUAGUUUGGCUGGCAGGUUGCGUAACGUUAAUAUUGUGUGUGUGCAAGCUGUCAGUCUCUGCUGGGUAACUUGUUAAGCUGUAAUUUAAAACAUACGUUUCUCUGCAAGCCUUAGGUGUUCAGCCUCAGGUGGCUCUGUGGAUGUCAUUUUGAAUAUUUAACACGUUUUUUAUUACAUAUGACGUGUGAGAGUGGCCACCUUUCAUUGUAAACCAUAGAUUAAGCAGCUGUUUGAUGCUCACACUCAUGAAUUUGGUGUCUUUAGUGAAAUAAGUAGAUAGAGUUAUGAAUUAAAGUAGCUGUCUGAAGACAUUGUAAGACUGUGCCGUGAUCAGGGAAAGACAGGCGAAGAGAAAGGGUCCCUCAGAGGGUCCCAUUGUGUCUUGAGGUAAGCUGCCCCCCACUACUUGCCAAUGCUGGAUCUGGAGGUGGUGCCUGAGAGAUCAUUAGGAAAUGAGCAAUGGGAAUUCGCCUUAGGGAUGCCAUUGGCCCAGGCCAUCUCUAUUCUACAGAAACACUGCCGCAUCAUCAAAAAUGUCCAGGUGCUAUACAGUGAACAGACGCCACUCAGCCAUGACCUCAUACUGAACUUGACUCAGGAUGGGAUUAAACUGCUGUUUGAUGCCACAAAUCAGAGACUCAAGGUGAUCGAAGUGUAUGAACUGAGCAAAGUCAAGUUGAAAUACUGUGGAGUCCAUUUCAACUCUCAGGCCAUUGCCCCCACAAUAGAGCAAAUAGACCAGUCAUUUGGAGCUACGCACCCUGGAGUUUACAAUGCUGCAGAGCAGUUGUUCCAUCUCAAUUUUCGAGGCCUGUCCUUCUCCUUCCAACUGGACUCAUGGAAUGAAGCUCCGAAAUAUGAGCCUAACUUUGCCAUGGGUUUGGCCUCCCUGCAGAUUCCACAUGGGGCCAUGGUCAAGAGGAUGCACAUCUACACUGGCAACAACCUGCAAGAAACAAGAGCUCCGGCGAUGCCGCUGGCUUGUUUCCUUGGUAACAUCUUUGCAGAGUGUGUGGAUGUCCUGAGAGAUCAGGCCGGGCCUUUGGGACUCAAACUCCGCCUUCUCACUGCAGGAUGUGGUCCAGGUGUGAUGGCUGAUGCUAAAGUGAAGUCCCUAGAAAGGAGCAUCUACUUUGGAGAUUCCUGUCAGGAUGUAUUGGGUGCUCUGGGUUCGCCACAUAAAAUCUUUUACAAGUCUGAGGACAAGAUGAAGAUCCACUCUCCAUCACCUCACAAGCAGGUUCCUUCGAAAUGUAACGACUACUUCUUCAACUACUUCACCCUCGGAGUGGAUAUCCUGUUCGACUCUACAACUCACCUGGUUAAGAAGUUUGUUCUCCAUACCAACUAUCCCGGACAUUACAACUUCAAUAUAUAUCAUCGAUGUGACUUUAAAAUUCCACUAGUCAUAAAGAAAGAAGGAGCUGAGUCUCAGACAGAGGACUGCAUCUUAACCACAUACAGCAAGUGGGAUCAGAUUCAGGAACUGCUCGGUCACCCGAUGGAAAAACCUGUUGUUCUCCACAGGUCCUCAUCAGCCAAUAACACCAACCCCUUUGGCUCUACCUUCUGCUUUGGACUGCAGAGGAUGAUCUUUGAGGUGAUGCAGAAUAACCACAUAGCAUCAGUGACCCUGUAUGGUGCUCCACGGACCGCUAGUCAAGCCCGACCUGAGUCCAGUAGUAGUUCCCACUGAACAAGUAACCAGAACCACAUCUCGUCCUUAAUCGAGUACCUCUGCUGACUGAAUCUCUAACCCAGAGCCAGAUUCUUAACCAAGCAGAUGUAACCCAGAACAACAUCAUCAUUCAUACCCAGCUCAGAUGCUACUCAUUGAACAGAAACGCAACCAGAACCCAGAAUAAUCAAGUCUAACCUGGCAUUUAUCAACGUUUCCCGGUGGGUCCUAAGACUUACUCUUCCACUCGGACAAACCCAGUCGGCACAGUCAACCCAACCCGAAUUAUCCCAGGACCCAGGAUCAAGUGACAUGGUCGCAGUGCUGGACCACUGAUGCUUUGAAAUGAAUGAAUGGAAUGAUGUCUGUUGUGGGGGUACAACGCACUGGUGCUGCAAACUGACACGGUGAAGAAAUCUGCGCCAAAGUAGAGCUCAGUUGUUUCCAUCCAUUUUUCCCAGCACCACAGAAGAAGUGUUUGUCCAGACUGUAGUUUGGAUGGCAUGGCUCCGCCUGCCUAGACAUGACAAUAACCUUCAUAACAUUGUGGUGAGAUAAUCAGCAUUUAAUUAUCAUCUACAACAAAUCUCAAUGAAAACUGCUGCGGCCAAAUUCUUGAAACAAACUACUUGCCUGACCCACUGUAUACAUGUCAACCAACCACACUGCCAGCCCAACCGGUACCGCCUGUCUUCCUGCCAUGACUUUGGAACCAGGCCCGACUGGCUCCAUCAAAACCUGGACACAUAAACCACAAGUACCAAACCCACCCAGCCCAACCAAGAGCCAUCAGAGCCAAACACAUCGGAAGCUGCAGAGGACUGAAACCAAAAACAGGAAAAAAAUAAUAUGAGAAUCCAGAUUUUGGUGUACAAGAGAAGAACCAAACACACUCAGGGUUUGGAGAGACGCGUGGCCCAGAACACACCCACAGCAGCCGGGUGACCAGAUGUGAAGCCUCUCGAAGCGGAACGAUCCAAACAUCAUCAUCUCCCUCAUCCACCUUUCUACCCACUUUCUCUUCCUCCAACCUUUUUCAGUGGUGCCCACAAAUACACACGCUCAAGCACACAGCAGUAAACACUAUUGACCCACAGCUGUUGUUAUUUGCAGCUCUGAACAUUGGCGUGUUUGUCUCCUUGCUUAUACACACACACACACACGCACACACACACACACACAUAAAUGAGCAUCUGCAUGUGUGAGGCUGCUGUUUUUUCAAAUUAACGUUUCUGCAGACUUUAAUUCAAACACACAGAGCAUUUCAAUCCCUUCACUACUGUUCUCACGUGUAUUUCGAAUACAUGAAAGCUCUCUUUUUAGCCUUUGAAUUGCAACACAAACAUGGAGACAUGCAGGCAUGUGACGAGAAUUUGCAUGAACUUGGCAGACGCUUUUGAAUGAGAGGAGACUUAUUAUAAGCACAAAAGGCAACCUGUUUUAUUUCACCCUGCAUGUUGUGAGGGGCAUAGACUUGUUUUAUUUCUCUCUGCCCUGCAUCACUCGUUCACACCAUGACCAUUUUCAUUGUGUUCUGUUUUUGCAUUUGCACUAAUACACACCUUUUUACUUGACUGGUUGAUUGUGCCCUUAAUCACAGAUGGAUUUAUGGAGAAAUUUGGGAGAUUGGUGUGUGUGUGUGUGUGUGUGUGUCUGUCUGUCUGUCUGUCUUGCUGUCUGUCUGUCUUGUGUGUCUGUCUGUGUGUGUGUGUGUGUGUGUGUGUGUGCGUGUGUGUUUUAUCCAUAGUUUCAGAUAACUAACUAGAUACUAACUAGAACCAUACAGGGUUCUUUGACUUUUCCCCAUAGAAGAACCCUUUUUGAUCCCUGUUAGAACCUUUUAUUAAGAUUCCACCUGAAAUCCUCUCAGGGGAUUCUACCUAGAACCCAACAUAAAAGGUCAAGGGUACCACGUCCAGCAUCCUUUGACUUCAUGAGGCUAAAGGGUCGGGGCUGACCUGGUCAAGCACAACACUCAUUUUUCACAAUCAUGUUUCUAUGGGGUGGAGAUUUUGUGAAAUCAGAACUACGACAGUUUACUAUUUCAGUAGGGAAGUAUUGGAAAAGAAACUCUUUUUUAAAUUUAGGAACAAACACAGAAUGCUAAAAUCAGAAAUAUGUAAAUUUAAAAUAAGGAAGUAAAAUUUUUGCAGACCAUGUGGUAUUGUAUGGUAUGAAAUGCAGGUAAAAAUGGCAGAACACAGUACAAUGAAUUGAUUAAGGGGAUUCCAGAUACAUUACAUUUAAAAAAUACCUGGGGACCCUAGUUUACGAAACCAGACGAAACCUGGGUGAUCAUUUGUAUAUGUAAAGGGUGAGGGUCACACUCAUGCUUUUAAUUAUCAUUAAAAGCAUGAGUGUGAAGAAAAAAAAAGGUUCUUUGGAUGAACAGGAUUCUAAAUGGAACCCUUAGUCUUACAAAGAAAUCUUUAAGAACCCUUUCUUCAAAAAAAGUGGGGGGUUCUUUAAAAGUUAAUGGUUCUGGGUAGAACCUCUGCCUUUCAGGUGGAACCCUUAUUUCUAAGAGCAAAGUGUAUGCAUUCAUAUCCUCUGUGCUAUACCCUUCUCCCUUUUUCUUCUUCUCCACAUCUGAUCAAUGCAUCGCAAUUCAUCCCUCAGCAAUGUCUGCAUUUAUUUCUUUGUUGAAUUGCCAAAUGCUACAGCCAAAGAUGUUUCAGGAUGAUUUCAUUUGAUAUGCCGACAUUAUCACUGCAGUCUCUUGUCUACACCUGUCCUAUGGGGAGAGUCGUGUUUUGACCUCCUCUUUUUUCUCUUGUGUCAAACCUGCACAUCAAAGUCAUUGCCGUGGUAAUGCCUCUAAAUUCAGCUCCUGGUUUCUGUAACUGCUGGCUGUAAUUACACAAGGCAUAAUUAGCUAACUUGUGUGUGUUCUGAAACCAAUCAGCCUGUCUUUCAUUUGGAUUUGGUUACAGCCAGAGACGUGUUAACAAUAGUAACAAAUAGUGUCGUCCCUCUUGUGAGUCUCUUGUACACUUGUUAUUGUUGUCAGUGAGCUGUAAUUUAAAGAAUUACCAUCAUUUCUCUGUGAAGUCAGUACAUUUGAACCCAUUUAGGCAAUGGGGAAGAGCAUCAGUCAUUCCAUCGUAACAUUUGUUUCCCUCUCAAUGUCUGAAUUUAAAAUCUUUUUAAUCAUAAGCAUUUGAAUAAACUGUGUAUUAAUUUUAAUACACAUUCUCGUUUAUUGUCCCUCAAUACAAAUGCCAUUUGGGUUUUUCUUUGUUUUGCUUUUUCACAAUUUCUGAAUUUAUGAUUGCUUGUAUGAACAUGUGUGAAGGCAUCAGGGUUGAAGUCGGGGCCCGUAUACAUGACGAAAUGUUGAAAGUGCCAAGUGGAAAAUUAAGAAUGGAAAAUGCUGUUGGCUGUUUGUACGCUGUUUGCCGAAAUACAAUAUUUUUUCAGAACAGGUAAUAUAUUUCCUAUAUCAAGUUUGUUAUGAGGUAUAUCGAGCAGCUGUACAUCCAAAAUCCAAUGAAAAAAAAUCCCCUUGGCUUUUUGAUCAGGGAACGAGGGCAACGCUAACUUGCCCAUCUGCCUGCAAAAAAAAAAAACGUCAUCCCUGCAGUAGCACUCAAUUGGUUGAUUGAUAUCCUUCACUGAAACCAAAUUGUAUCACGAUGUGAGUUAACUUAUGACCAGCAGAAUCCUCAAAGAAUAGCCAGCUAGCUGUCUAAGGCUGCACCCACACUAAAAUGUCAUUUUAAAAUGAGAGUUGCUGUGUUUGCUAGCGUCCAUACUUUUCCAGCAUAUUUGAACCCCUUAAACAGAGACCUUUGGAAACACUGCUGACCCCUUUUUAGUUUGAAAACGCCAAUGUUGCGUUUUAGUCUGGACGGGUGAAAACAGAGACCUUUAAAAACAGCGUACAUACCUUUUUUGACUGUCCGUCUUGUGUGGGUACUCCUCUCCCAUUGCCAUGGCUUCCUCUGGCGCUGAAUAAUGCUCUUGGCUGGAACCGUUCUAGAAUGUUGCCGUAUUUGCUUUGUAACGAAUCCCAAUCUGUUUUCCUUUGGUGCAAGCAAAGAAAUUACUUGUCUUGCCAUCUCCGUAGAAUUUUCUGUACCUAAAGCCGUUUUCUCAUAUGAACUCCAGUCAGUGUCUGGAGAAUCAGGUUCAAAACAUUGUCCAGAGUUUCUCCUUUACAUGUAGCACUCAACUACAUGUGUCCAUGUCAAGAGCGUUCUCACCCACUGAAAACUGGAAACACUCUGUUUGGUUUAGGUUAGGGUUCGCACUUGGAUAGAGCGUACAGGAGGCAGGACAUGACACAGAUUACACAGCAAUCAUGUUGCUGGUUCGUAAUGUGGUCAUAAACAGCAGAGUCUCUUGGUGUUCCUUGAAUUUCUCUCACAGUUUUGGCUUUUACUCCUACUGACAGAAGUUCUGAAUCUUUCCAUCUCUCCAGUUAGACAUUUUCGUUGCUAUGUCAUGUAAUUGAUCCUUCUUCUUCACCCUGGGAUGUUUUUCUUACAGUUUCAUGUGAGCCUCAUGAAAUAGCAGCUAGCAGGGUAAAGACUGCUUAAUGUUAAAGGCAACUGAUUUGGACAUUUGUGUUCUCACAUACAGCCCCUCCGGCUAAUGUCUAGAUAAUUUAAGGUUUGAAAUGUGUGAAAGGGGCUUCAGCAACAAACCGCAGAUCAGACAAUGUGCUUUGUGUUUACACCAGUAUGCGCAUUCCCCGUGUACGUGAAUUGUAAUUUGAUAUGUGUUCUUUAGGCGUGUUGAUAUGGGUGAGAUCAACUCUUGAAUCAUGCUAAAACCACUGUGGUACGGAGAUGAUUUUCGUUCUAAAAUGAAAAUAUUUUAGUGUGGAUGUGGCCUGAAGUUCUGAAUCAAUAAAAUAACUGGGAAUUAUGGGUUAACUUUUACAAUUCACCAGUAGUAGCCUUUAUAUACAGGAUCUUUUUUUUUUUUUUUUUUUGCACAGCAUGGCUCCAAACCGUUUUCCUGUGGUUUCUUACUGUACAAAUGGCCAUGAGAAGACCAUGUUAAAGAGAAGAACUGAAUUUCUAUGCUGUGUAAAGCCAGUCAGUCAAGCUGUGUUUAUGUAUUCGGGCCCUGAUGCUUGGAGUUGAUAUUGAUGUACAAAUGCUGUAAAUAGUUGUGUGCUCUUAUUCUGGCGUCCUCUUAUUUACAUGAUCUUAAUGGCUUGGCACAGACACAACUUUACUCAGGCACUGGCUGAGUAUCUUAAUAUUUCCUCCUUGAUUCUGAAUAAACUUAAAACUCAGGAGGAGGCAUCUGAUCACAAUGGACUCAUUAAGAAGCACUGGAAGUUGUUUUUUUUUUUUUUUUAUUCUAGACCACUCAGUAUUGAAACUUAUUCUUGUGCAAUGCUAAGGCUGUAAGUACACAUGAGUCUUGGGUGUCAGCAGAUAUCCUGCUUCAGCUCUGCUUGAAUGCUACUGCGGGGUGUUCAUGUUUGAUCCACAGGAACGGCAUAAAAUAAAAAGAUCUCUUUACGCAGGCAGCAUUAGA